UAACAGCAGCCCAUGCCCAUCAAGCGGCGGCGGUGGCUGAGGGCUGAUUGGCGAGUGCUUGGCUACUUUUAGAAAGUUUAGCUUGCCUUUGGCGCCUUUUCUUCGCGUGUCAGCGCCUUAGAGCCUCAGGUAAAGCAGCCACCCGCGGUCGUGGUACGUCAUUUCAAUACCCCCAUUCACUUGCAUCCACCCUGUCAAGCUUCUUUUGGUCUGCUGGCAAGGGAAAAAAACGGGCGAAGGACUCUCUGUACAGGAAUUGCUUACGAUGAUCUCCAUUAUUCAGAACAUAACGUGGCCUGCCGUUACGUACACAUCGUCCGCCAACGCACGCUACAAACGUGUAGCCUGGCACUGUCACUGUGAAGAUGCUCAUCAUGUCGUGUUUGUUCUGCUUUUCUUAAGCCUCUCUUUCUCCUCCGUCCCUUUUACUCCCUCCUUCUGUCUCACUCUUUGUUCAUUCACUCCACCUUCUCACCUCUUCCCUAUCGACCGUGGCAUACUUCUUAUUCUUCUCCGCCCCCUGCCCUUGUCUUUGCCUUGUCCGUCUUCCGACCACGAAUGUGCCCGCGUAGCCAUCGUCAGAGCUGUUUGUAAUCAACUCGGACAUUUACCCAGCACUCACGCCAUACUCGCCUUUCCUUGUUUGGCUCAAUCUGGUGGAGACGCUGUCGACGCACACACACACGCACCCACAGCGGCCCUGCGACAAGGUUUUCCUUGAAAGGUAAGAGACCCUUCACCGAUGAAUCGCCAGUCAAAACUUACACGUCCGCUCUUCAGACCCGCUUCGGCCCAAGACUGCCUCUCCUCUCCU